GGGCUCUGCUGAGCCGAAAGUACUAUUAAUUUUUCAGGGCCGCAGCUGGUUGUAGAAAAGACAGGAGGUAAAGACGAAUUCGGGAUUCAAAAGCGUGACAGGAGUGCGUGACUACCCAGUGGUGAAUGCGUUACUACCCAGGGGUGAGCGCGUGUUGCUUGUGAAUUUCUUAUCUACCCAUCCAUGACCCCCUUGUCUUCCGACUGUGGUCUGUCUAACUAUCACAACUUUCCCUUAUCCGCAUGAGAUAACCGCGAAGUCAUAUCAACCUGAAUUUACUGCUCAUGUAUUGCGGUCAUCAUAUAUCUAUCUCUAAGUGUGAAAGCGAAAACAACCGCAGAGAUAUGACCUUCUAGCCUUCUAGAAGAAACAUUCUUAUCAGCUAUUCUGAAUAUUUAAUGUGAUUGAUUGCUUACCCCCAAUCGAGACCGGUUGAGCGUUGACUCACGUGUAACACAAAAACAACCGCCACUGGAGCCAACAUUAGCCUUCGCCAAGUACUCUGUAAAAAACAUGUGAACUACGCAAUAACAGUAACAGAGCUCUCAACAUGGCUACGAAAGCGAUGAUUUCGACAUUUACCGUGAACUAUUUCGGUUUCUCAAUGGCUUUAGACUAUUCCGUUGUACUCCUCACAAUUCAAGAACUAUGGGAAUCACUUGAUGGGGAUUUCAAGUUGUACGGGUUUGUGUUUGGAAGCUACGCACUAAGCCAAGCGUUUAUGUCACCAUUACUCGGCUAUAUAUCGGAUGCCCGUGGUUUAAAAUUCGCGAUAAUUCUUGCUAUACUUUUGAACGGAGCAGGGAAUUUACUGUACGCUUUCUCGUAUGCUGUAGGUUCGGUGAAUAUGGUGUUAGCAGGCCGGUUUGUUGCGGGUCUCGGGGCCGGCGCCAUCGCUUUGGGAGUAGUUUAUUUGACGAAUACUUCUUCUAGAGAUGUACGUGGCAGAGCUAUCGCCGGAUUCAAGCUGUCUCAAGCGGGCGGUUAUCUAGGAGGGCCUUUGCUUGCUAUGGCGAUUAUAUCACUCAAGAAACCAUCAAAGGACGCAUCUUUCGCGACUAAAGUUUUCAACUUUUAUACCGCUCCCGUAUGGCUGAUUCUGAGCAAUGCGCUGUUGAUAUUAUUGCCUCUGACGAAAUUCUGCUUCAAGAAUACACUCUCCUCACAUAUGGCUUUGAAAUAUACGCACAGAGAAGCCAAAGAACUGCUCGCACACACGUUAAUGUUAGUGCUUUUGUUAUUUUUAGCGACGUCUUGUUUUUGGGCGAUAACAAGUGAUUUGUUUAUUAUAGCGUUCGGUCAGUAUCAUUUAUUCAAUGCUAACGAGCAGUUGUGGAAGCUAUACGUCUCCGCAGGCGCAGCGCUCUUCAUUGCGUCUCUCAUUGUAUGCCUUACAAUUCACCGUCGCAUCACUCCAUUUCUAUACACUGUUCUCGGACUUGUUUUCAACAUCGCUGGCUUAACUUCUAUGGCCAAGUAUAACAUAAAUGACAAACUCUACUUGACUAUUUUGUACUAUGUUGGUGUGGCAAUGUCUACUUCCGGUUGCGCUUGCUUUUUCACUGGCAUUGGGACAUAUUAUUCACAGAAGAUAACUGAUCUCUCUCACCAAGCCCGAAAUAGGCGUGGACUUUUUCUAGGGACUUUUAACUUUGCUGAGGCCUUAGGGCGUGCGGCUGGGCCAACGGUGGCUUCACUUGUGAUGCACAUUCAGCAAAAUCCGGAUAGUAGUAAAGAAUGCAGUGUGGACAAAUUGAUACCUGACGGAUGUGAAGUUAGAAAUAUCAAUUAUGUCCUCCCCGUGCUUGGUGGUAUUACUGUAAUCGUGCUAGCGUUGUUUGUGUUUUACCACAUAAAGCAUGGCAAGUGCAGAACUGAUGUGUCACUGCUAAGCCUUGAAGAACUUCAAGCAAUGCCUGGCCCAGGGGAAGACAGGCAAAUGUUCUUCAGGGAAGAGGGGGAUGGUGAAGAAGCAAGCCUCAGUAUCUAUGAAUUGACCCCACCUCAGUCAAGGACCCCAAAUAGGGCUUCACUAUCAUACAGCUCUAAGACAUCAAUCAACACGUCAAAGACUGUGUGAUGUGAAAUGCAAGGAGCUUGCACAGGGAGAUUACCUCUACGGUUUGAAUAAAGUUAGAUUUAUUGCAUGUGUAUCCCUUGUCUGAUUUUUCAUUGCCGGUUGCUUUCUGAUGCUCUUAUAGCUUAUCAUUUUUCGCAUUUGAGGUGGCCGUUAGACUGAUAACCAAGGAAAGAACGCCGGAAAGCAACGGAAAGCAACAUGCGUUGAAAUAGCAGACAAUGGAUACACAUGCAAUAAACCUAACUUUAUUCAAACCAUACAUGUGAGCUCCCUGUGGAACUUGAUUCAUAUUACAGUAGGGCCUAUUGAAGGAACUCUGGGUGUAUGUCUAGUUCUGCUUGACUGUGAGGCACUGGGUUCCAAGAAUGAGUGUCAAAGGACUAGAUGCAGUCCUGUAUUUGCCAAGGGUAUUGGGAUUGUCUUGCCUUUUGGCAAACCACAGGAAUUUAUUGAUUUGAUGGCAUUGAUGCAAAAAUGAAUGCAAUUCUUAUUACAAUAAUCUGUAUUUCUAUAAUAGAGGGGGGGGGGACGGGUUAACAAAAGGGAUUUGUCUAUAAUGUACAUUCAUGCACACACUAUAUAGAAUGUGUUUAAAAUUUGUGACAAUAUAAACUAUUCCUAUGUAUUCUGUUCAGAAUAUAAAAUUCAUAUUACAUCAGCUGUUUAUUCUA